AUGGAUCCAUUAUCUGUGUCGUAUGCAAUCCUGCCCAUGGUCGGGAAUUCCGUCAAUGUCUACAAAUCUGUUCGCGCCAAGUUCAAAAUCUUUUGUCACUAUUCCGCCGAAGUCGAGAGAAUACGGAAGUUAUUUGGAGCACAGCGAGACUAUUUCCUCAAUGAAAUAGAGCUGGUGCUGCGGCUGGUCUUACAGGACCAAGACAUUGUCAAAUCCAUGAUGAAGGAUCCGGCGCACACUGAAUGGCAUGCUCAUAGCCUGGAGAAGAAGCUAGAAGCCCUUCUGGAGAGAAACCUGACGUCGCUGAUAGACAUUGUCAACGAUAUCAACGACAGUAUAUCGACGCUUCAGAAAGCAUUCAAAUGCUUUACACCAUUAGAAGAAGAGCAAAAACGGGAUGAGCAACUAAAGCGAAAGCCACUGAAAGACUGCGUUCGAAAAUUGAGAAAACGAGUCACUAUCACCUUCGAAAAGAAAAAUUUUGAAGAUCAAAUUGACCUGCUGGAAAAAUCGAAUAGCGCAUUAAGACGGCUGCGUGAACAAGUCAGUGAACUCCAAAAGCCCCCGACAUAUACAACCGGGAACGCAUGUAAGAGAGCAGGACGGCUGCCGCUGGAAUUCAAGGGAUAUAGAGAUAUACGAAGGGCUUCCAAGGCGCUACAUGAAGCGUUGACGGCGGCUUGGUCUAGCACACAAGCACCUCACCUGAGACAUUUCGUCAAGCUCUUCCUGGACGCCAAAGCAGAGACUGAUGUACAGAUGGAGAUUGCCAUCCUCUGCUAUGGGGCCCAACUCCAUCAGAAGGCUCUUUUCCAAACAAGCUUGACCAGACUAGAGGUCAGAUCGAGGACAAUGGACUCCAUCAUGUGGUCCAGCACGAGUUUGUUGAGUCCAGCUCCAGAGGCGGACAACUCACAGAACGACCGGCGAAAACGACCAAGGGUCCGAUUCUCCGACAUUGGGGAUAAGCCUGGUCUCAGUAUUAUCGAUGCCGAAUCAGUAUCCCAAUAUUCGAUAACCAAUACUUCGCAAUCCACCCUACUUUCUCCAGAUGAUCUUCAGCUCACGGGGCAUUUCUGUCCUGAACUAUUAAGACGAUGCUCGACCCCGGAUAUGGUAUGCAAAGCGGAGGGUCUGGGGCAUAUCGACAGCUGCAUGCAGGAAGGAUUUCGUCACUGCUUCUUCCCCUGUUCGAAUAACCACAGUUGUGGCAAAAUGCGGUUGGACGACGUGAUACUCAUGGAUGAAGCACUUGGCCAAACUGCCAGCAAUAGACUAACCAUUGUUGGUCAGCUGCGGUUAGCUCAUCGACUCGUUUCCGCGGUGCUCAAGUUCAAUUCGACUCCAUGGCUGAACGAAGUGUGGAGUUUUAGAGACCUUGCCUUCUUCCGACAAGGGGAUGACUUGACUUUGUCGCUCCAAACGCUACACUUUGGCGUAGAGUUGAUCCAUGGCGGACCCGAGCCAGGAGAAUCCUUAAUGGACAUCGAGUCUCCAGUGAGUUUGAGUCAAUCGAUUGAGGAUGUGCAAUACAAGCAUGGAGUGCGCAACGUAACGCUGUAUAGUCUGGGGGCAGCUCUGCUGGCAAUUGGGAGAUGGGAGCGCAUCGACCACAACGACAUCGAGGGAGUCCGUCGACUAGCAUCGCAAUCAUGCUAUUUGGGGCCUGUAUAUCAGGAAUUGACUCAAAAGGUUCUCGAUUGCGAUUUUGGGUAUGGAAAGGAUUUGAAGAAGCCGAGACUUCAGGAGGCUAUUUAUGAAAUGGUUGUAUUAGAGCUGGAGUCGAUGAUUGCAAGCCUCGAUAUAUCAGGGGAAGAAGAUGAGUAG